GCCACUGAGAUCUGCGUUCCGGCCGCCAUGGCCGCGGCGGGCGGUGGUGGGGAUGGAGGGGCCGGGCCGGGCCGCGCCCUGCAGACCGCGAUGAGGGCGGCGAGCGGGGCUUUGGAGAUGGACAGCGCGGGGAGGACGCGGGAAGCCUACGUGGAGUACCUGAAGAGCAUCACCCUCAUCUCACAGGCCCUGCAGGAUGAGGCAGCGCUGACAGAGGAUGGCGAAGGGCUCGGCCCCAACACCCCAAAAAUGCUGAAGUUGGCUGAGCAGUGCCUGGAGAGAGUCAAGUCCUUGGCAGCCACGCUGGGGAAAAACAAGGCCAAACCGAGUGCGCCGGGGGGACCCGCACCCAUCUCCAGGCACCGCAGGGUUUUCUCUGAUGAGGGAGGCAAGCUGUCACCCUUCCUGCCGCCAGAGAUCUUCCAGAAGCUGCAGAUCGCCGAGGCACAGAGUGCACGCAAGGAGCUGACACCACUGGAGGAGGCAUCGCUGCAGAACCAGAAGCUGAAGGCUGCUUACGAGGCACGGGUGGCACGGCUCAACCCCAGCCAGGCCCUGCAGAAAACCUCGCUGACGCUGUCUCUACAGCGGCAGAUGAUGGAGAACCUGGUGAUCGCCAGGGCACGAGAGGAGACUCUGCAGAGGAAAAUGGAGGAGCGGCGGCUGCGGCUGCAGGAGGCGGCCAACAGGAGGUUCUCCAGCAGUGUGGCCCUAACCCCUGAGGAGCAGGAGCAGAGAGAGCUCUAUGCUGCCAUCCUUGAGUAUGAACAGGACCACGACUGGCCGAGGCAGUGGAAGGCCAGGCUGAAGAGGAGCCCGUCAGACCUGUCCCUGGUGACAGGGCUCUUCUCCUGCCUCCUCAGCUUCCCAGAGCACCCCAUUGCCCAGCUCCUGCGCAAGCUGCAGUGUGCGGUGUACACUCGGCUGUACCCAGCCAUCAGCCAGAACAACCCCGAGACCACCCCUGCAGCCCCCACCGGCCUUGCCUUCCUCUCACUGGAUGCAGGGGGGCUGCUGCCUGCAGAGCCAGGGGGCCGGCGGCUCCGAGCCUCCCGCAGCCUGCACUGCAUGUUCUCAGUGCCUGAGCACGGCCCGGCCACGCUGCGGCACAGCAUCUCCGGAGCAACCCUGGCUGAUGGCAGCCCUGACGCCUCCAGGGCAGAAGGGGACGCCCGGUCUCCCCGGGAGAGCUCCUUUGAGGACCUGGAACGGUUCCUGGCAUCGCCUGAGGACUGGCCCCCGGGGGAGCCCAUGGCUGGGCCCAGGCCUGCAGCAUCGCUGCAGGAGCAGCUGAAGGGCAUCGUGCGGGACAUCCACAAUGCCAUUGACAGGCUGCUGUCCCUGACCCUGCUGGCCUUUGAGGAGUUGAGCACUGCUGCUGGCAAGGACCAGUGCCUGGCCUGCAUCGAGGACGCCUUCUUCCCCCCAUUGUGGGCCCCGCUGCUGGCCCUCUACAGGAGCGUGCACCGGCCCCAGGAGGAAGCCCUGGCUCGCAGCAUGGAGCGGCACCGCCACGCCAGCCCCGCCGACCUGGGGCUGUCCCCUCGGCUCUUCCCCACCGCGCCCGGCCGCCUGGCCUACGGUGCUGCCGUCGAGGAGCUGCGCCUCAUCCCCCUGGAGACGUGUCCCCGCAGGAAGCUGGACUGCAUCGUGCGAGCCCUGCGCAGCAUCUGUGAGUGCGCCGAGGAGUAUUGCAGCGCCCGCGACAGCCGCACCCCCACUGCUGGCACCAUCGGGGCGGAUGAGCUGCUGCCUCUCCUGUCCUACGCGGUGCUGCGCAGCGCUCUGCCCCAGCUGCUGUCGGAGUGCGCCGCGCUGGAGGAGUUCAUCCACGAGGGGUGCCUGCUGGGCGAGGAGGGCUACUGCCUGACGUCGCUGCAGAGCGCGCUGGCCUUCCUGCGGAGCCUGCCCUGAGCUGCCGGCAGGCGCUGCGCUCCUCCCGACCGCCAGGGGGCGCUGGAGGAUGUGCGCGGGCCCGGCGCUGCGGCAGGAGUACCGGCGGGGCCUGGAGCGGGGCCGCGCCCGUCCCGGUCCCGACCCGUCCUUCGGGGAGCGGCUGCGGCAGCGGCUGCGG